AUGGAGACCGUCUGGGAAGCCCUGGUGCGCUGUGAGCGCCGCUGGCUGUGGGCGUUCGUUGUGGUCUGCCUUCUCCCAACUGUAACAGUCGCUCUGGACAUAGAAGUAAUCUCCGCCUGGCCUUCAGCUAACCUGUACUACCUGGAGACCCUGACCCUGACGUGUUACGGCGGAGGGGACCCCGCGCCGACCUACACCUGGACGCUGGACUCGGGCCCGGUACCGGCGCGAGUCGUGGUGGACACGAGCGCCGGCACGCUGACCCUGGCGAACGCCACGGACGCCGACGGCGGGGUGUACACCUGCACGGCCGACAACGGCGUCGGCAACGCCGCCACGCUGAACGUCACCGUGGUGGGCUGUCCUGACACUUCUACCUGCCCAGACAGUAACUCUAACUGCCCCUUCCUGGCGAGCAUUGGAGAGUGUGAUAACAACCCGGGCUACAUGCUCCCUAACUGUCCACUCAGCUGUGGUGUAUGCUUCCCAAACCUAGGUGCUCAUUGCACCAACACCCGCCGUGGUCGCUCCUGGGACACAUGGGAAUGCUAUGACGUCACGACUAUCCCGGCUGACGUUCAGAGCGAGCUUAAUCUGGACACGUCAUUCUACCAGAAAUAUCUCCAAGCCUACGGCAUCCCCAUCCUUGGCUCUUCCAUCCUACCGGAUGACGCCCUCCGGAGGGCGUGUUACGAUGUGCUGUUCCUGUUAGCGGACAGAAAGGACGUUCGAGACUCAUACUAUAACUACUAUGGCAGGGCCGCCAUCAUGGACGAUACUGAGGUGACGCUGGAUAUUCCUGAGCAUUCAGACCUUGAUUCAUCGUUCAACACGCGGGCCAGAGGCCUGGGGGGCACCGUCUCCAGACCCGUGUCCACCGGGGCCGAGGAAAACGUGCUCUGCUUCAGCAAUGACUCGUACCGUGUUGAAGACAUCUUCAUCCACGAGUUUGCCCACGGACUGGACAUCCUUGGCGCCCGGAAGGUCAUCAGUGAUUUCGAAACCCGCCUGCAGGCUGCUUACGACGAUGCCCUGUCCAGUGGACUGUGGGCAAACACUUACGCUGACGACACCAGGGACGAAUACUGGGCGGAGGGUGUGCAGAGCUUCUUUAACGUGAACCACGAGAGUAAUCCGCCCGACGGGAUCCACAACCACGUCAACACGCGCACGGAGCUGCAGACGCACGACCCUGACCUCUACGCCAUCAUAGAGGACGUAUUCCCCUGCGGAAACUUCCCGGUCAAGCGCUGUGUCAGGGACUAUGAAAGCUAUACACUGAAGAUGGACUGCUUCUCUGAGAACUACCAGAGGGCCACUGUGGUGGGGAACGCCGUCUGGGGCGAGACUUCCACAAGCACUGCUGCCUCACAAGGUACGACACCGACACCAGCUGUAAGCACACCGACAGUAAGCCAGACGCCUACUGUAAGCACACCGACACACACCGACAGUAAGCCAGGCGCCUGCUGUAAGCACACCGACAGUAAGCCAGACGCCUGCUGUAAGCACACCGACAGUAAGCCAGACGCCUGCUGUAAGCACACCGACAGUAAGCCAGACUCCUGCUGUAACCCCACCGACAGUAAGCCAGACGUCUGCUGUAAGCACACUGACUAUAAGCCAGACGCCUGCUGUAAGCACACCGACAGUAAGCCAGACGCCUGCUGUAAGCACACCGACAGUAAGCCAGACGCCUGCUGUAACCCCACCGAGUGUGAGCCGACUGACAACACGUACAGCAAGCACCGCUCCACAGGCCACAGGUUUCAGUCUCGUUUGUUUUUAUAG